AUGAAGUCGAUCGAGCGACUUGCCAAUGAAGCCACUCGGCUUCGACGCCAAAACCUGCAACCCAUUCAGCGCUCCCCGGUCACCGUCAAGAAUGGUUUACUUCGGGCCUUCUCGGGCCUGUCUGACCUUGCGAUGAAACUCGACCAUCCUGCACGAGAUGCCUUGAAGCAAGACGUACCUGUAGUGGCUUCCGACCUAGUGCCGCGCAAGUGUACUCUACCCGUGCGGGAACCAUUCCCGGGCACGGAUAGCUUUCCAGCUGAUGACUUGCCCAAGGAGGUCACCGACGAGCAAGAAACUAUUUACUGUCUCCAAUCAUUCUUGUUUGAAUUCUGCAUCGCUCCAUUGCACGAUGAAACCCAGCCCGGGUUUCUCGCUGGUCUCCAAAACAUGAUUCUUUACCACGGCAUACAUUCAAAUAUUGCCAAAGCCUGCCAAGCCGUAGCUUUCGCGAGCGGUGGAAUAUGCCUGGGCCGGCCUGUCCUCACCAAAAAGGCUGAGACCCUUUAUAACGACCUGUUGGGGGAGCUUGCAAAUGCGGUUGCUGGUGUGGCUAUUCCGGCUGAGGCUGAGCUUCUGGCGAUAGCUAUGCUUCUUGGUUUAUAUGAGAUUAUCGUGGCGGUAGAAGGGAGGGAACAUCAUUCUGCACAUGCACAAGGAAUAGCUGCCAUCUUGCGUAUCGACAAUUCUCCGAUGAAUCUUCUACGGCUUACAACGCAUAAUUAUUCGUUCAUAGCUAAGAAGCCAAGGAGUCUCGACACGCUGUUCUUAAACUCAAGCCUUGUUUUGGCAUCUGAUUCACCUGGCACCGUCGACUGGGACAUAAUUCUGCGACAGGCGCGCGCGCUAGACCAAAGCUUUGUUCUGUGGCAGAACACUCGCACGUCGGAAUGCAAGCCUACUAUGGUCGGUCAGAUCAAUGGGGUGUCGUCAUACCCUCAACCAGGCUUCUGGCCUGGUAGAGUGGACUUCUACUGCGACCACUGCACAGCUAAUGUAUGGAAUACCUAUCGUGUGGCACGUCUCCUUCUCUUGGACCUCCUCGUGAGACUCACCCCGACCACCAAUGGCACGAGGGACAACGAAUGGGAAGAUGAAAUUCACCUUCUCUUGUCGGAGAUUCUAGCAUCGAUACCUUACCACCUGGUUGAAAACAUGCAUCUAUUUAUUCAAGAAGCCGCACGAGGUGCGACCAGCAUCGAGGCACGAGGUCGAGGCAGGUUAGUAGGUGGCCUGCUCCUUAUGAAAGUUCUGCACAUCACCUUGCAGCUUGAAAGUGUGGUGUCACAGGCAUCCGUUUAUUCCAAGGUGACGGAUGUACCGCCCCAACCAUUCGGGAGCGACAAGAUGAUUUUGUGGGCGGGCUUCUUGAUUUGA